AUGGCUGAAGACAAAACAAAGAGAAUCGGAAGAUGGUAUUUUGGUGGAGUUGCUGGAGCAAUGGCUGCUUGCUGCACUCAUCCAUUGGAUCUUUUAAAAGUUCAACUGCAAACACAGCAGCAAGGAAAAAUGUCAAUUGGUCAGCUUUCGCUUAAAAUUUACAAGAAUGAUGGAUUUUUCGCAUUCUACAACGGAGUGUCGGCUUCAAUUUUGAGACAAUUGACAUAUUCGACAACACGUUUCGGAAUAUACGAAACUGUGAAGAAGGGUUUGCCACAAGAUCAGCCUUUGCCAUUUUAUCAGAAAGCACUUCUUGCUGGAUUUGCCGGAGCCUGCGGUGGAAUGGUCGGAACUCCAGCGGAUUUGGUCAACGUUCGCAUGCAAAAUGAUUCGAAGCUUCCAAAGGCUGAGAGAAGAAAUUACAAGCAUGCACUUGAUGGACUUAUUAGAAUUACCCGUGAGGAAGGCUUUUUCAAAAUGUUUAAUGGAGCAACAAUGGCCACUUCUCGUGCUAUUUUAAUGACCAUUGGACAACUUUCCUUCUACGAUCAAAUCAAGCAAACCUUGAUUUCAAGCGGAAUCGCUGAAGACAACCUCACGACACAUUUUGCCAGCUCGAUUAGUGCUGCCAGUGCUGCAACGGUUCUCACUCAGCCACUUGAUGUCAUGAAGACUAGAAUGAUGAAUGCCGCUCCUGGAGAGUUCAAAGGAAUAAUGGACUGCUUCUUAUUCACCGCCAAAUUAGGGCCAAUGGGAUUCUUCAAAGGAUUCAUUCCAGCGUGGGCUCGUCUUGCUCCUCACACCGUUCUCACUUUUAUCUUCUUCGAGCAACUUCGAAUGAACUUGGGUUACAAACCACCCCAGUAA